AAAGAAAAUUUCACUAUGCAGAAAUGUUUGUGUUUAAGCAUAGUCCAAGGCGUGAGGAGAGAGUGGAGAAGAAGAGAGGAGAAAGAGAAAUCAAAGAGAAAGAAGAAAUCAAAGAAUUCGUUUGAAAAUCACAACAACCGAACCGAUUAUUGCGAAGAAUCAGCACCGCCAUCACUGAUCACACCAAACAACAACAACACAACCAAAAAGGAACAAAGCCACUCGCACAGAAUCCGUUCAUUCCCAAUCGAAUCGGAAUCGAAUCGAUUGGAGGAACUUGUAAUGGGGAUGGAGGACGAUAUAUCUCCGGCCGACGCUCACGGCAGCAAAACCCCCGGCAAGGAACAGCAGGCCGCCGGCGUCGGAAUCCUGCUUCAGAUCAUGAUGCUCGUCCUCUCCUUCGUCCUCGGCCACGUCCUCCGCCGCAAGAAGAUUUACGUCAUCCCCGAAGCCAGUGCCUCUCUUCUCAUUGGCUUAAUCGUUGGUGUUCUCGCUAACAUCUCUGACACCGAAAAUAGUAUCAGGGCGUGGUUCAAUUUUCACGAAGAGUUUUUCUUCCUCUUCUUGUUACCUCCUAUCAUAUUUCAGUCUGGCUUCAGUCUUGCACCUAAACCUUUUUUCUCUAAUUUUGGAGCAAUUGUGACUUUUGCAAUAUUUGGCACAUUUAUAGCCUCAAUAGUGACCGGUGUUUUAGUUUAUCUUGGUGGGCUGGUCUUCCUCAUGUAUAGAUUGCCUUUUGUCGAGUGCCUCAUGUUUGGGGCUCUUAUAUCGGCGACUGAUCCCGUUACUGUUUUAUCAAUAUUUCAGGAGCUUGGCACAGAUGUCAAUCUAUAUGCUUUGGUUUUUGGAGAAUCUGUUUUGAAUGAUGCAAUGGCAAUUUCUUUGUACAGGACGAUGUCAUUGGUUAAGACUCAUCCAUCCGGACAGAAUUUAUUAAUGGUGGUUGUUAGAUUUUUGGAGACUUUUGUUGGUUCAAUGUCUGCAGGUGUUGGAGUGGGAUUCAUAUCUGCUUUACUUUUUAAGUAUGCAGGGUUGGAUAUUGACAACCUUCAGAACUUGGAGAGUUGUCUUUUUGUUCUAUUUCCAUAUUUCUCAUACAUGCUUGCAGAAGGCCUUGGUUUGUCCGGUAUCGUAUCAAUACUGUUUACAGGAAUAGUCAUGAAGCACUAUUCAUAUCCAAAUUUGUCACAAAGUUCUCAAAGAUUUGUCUCUGCUUUUUUCGAGUUGAUAUCUUCACUAGCAGAGACCUUUGUAUUUAUAUACAUGGGCUUUGAUAUUGCUAUGGAGCAACAUAGCUGGUCACAUGUUGGAUUUAUAUUCUUCUCCAUUAUAUUCAUUGGAAUUGCAAGGGCGGCAAAUGUCUUCUCUUGUGCUUAUCUGGUCAACUUGGUCAGACCUUCUCAUCGAAAGAUACCUCCAAAACACCAAAAAGCACUUUGGUAUAGUGGACUUCGAGGAGCAAUGGCCUUUGCCCUUGCAUUGCAAUCAGUUCAUGAUCUUCCAGAGGGACAUGGUCAGACCAUCUUUACUGCAACAACAGCAAUAGUUGUUUUGACGGUAUUAUUGAUUGGGGGAUCAACCGGUACCAUGCUGGAAGCUCUAGAAGUGGUUGGUGACAGUCAUGGUGAUAGCCCUUUGGCCACAGUGGGCACCAUCACAAACAAUUAUGAGGAAAACAAUGGUUAUGUUGCUCCUUCUUAUGAUGAAGAAUCAUCAUCAGGAAGCAGAUUCAAGAUGAAGCUAAAAGAAUUCCAUAAGAGUGCUGGAUCAUUUACUGCAAUAGAUAAAAACUUUCUGACCCCAUUCUUUACAAGUCAAAGUGGAGAUGAAGAUGAUGAAGAUGAGCCAUUGACUUCAACAAGACCGGAAAGACCGGGACGACCGGGACUUAACCGUCACAAUCCUUAUUCAUCAUGAUUCAUUCCAACAACAUAGCACACUUUUGAAGCCUUUUCUGUACAUAAAAUUCAGUGAUGCAGUUUAUAGACAGCUUGUAGGAAAUUGGCAACAAUACAAAGAGUCUCAAAAUGGCAUUCGGAUAUAUACCAUUGAGAAUCUCAUGGCAAAGUUUCAUUGGGAUGGAAGACCAUCAUCUCUGCAGCAUUUAUUUCAUGCAAGUUUGAUGAGUAUACAUACAUAUAUAUAUGCCUCUGCCAUGAAGUUGGAGGUUUAUAAUCUGGAUCUAACCACACGUGUAUUCUUAAAUGUAUUGAUUAUUCCUGUUUCUACCGGUUUAUCACUUUGAUUUGAUAUAGUUCUCAGGAGUUUGAUAAUCCUAGUUCACAGUUAAAGAUAAUUCAAAUUCAUUUGUCACAAUGAGGUUACUAUAUGCCAAGCAUGAAUAGCGAUAUAUAUAGAGGAAAAUUGAAGAUUGGUCUAGUA